CCCCGGCCGCUGUGCCCCGGGCGCACGAUGGGGACCCCGCGGGCGGCCCCGCUGCUGCCGCUGCUGCUGCUGCUGCUCCCCGCCGCCUGCGCGGCCCCGAGGGACGGGGUGCACAGGUCAGAGGCUCCCCCAGCCACGAGGCCCGAUCCUAGUCCUGACCCGCUGAGCCCGGAGCCUCCCGCGCUGCAGCUACUGCAGAGUGCGGUGAGGAGCCUGGGGCAGCCGGAGCAGGACGCAGAGGACAUGACACGGGAGCAGGCCCUGCUGUACCUCUUUGCGCUGCAUGACCAUGACCGGAGUGGGCGCCUGGACGGGCUGGAGCUGCUGCAGCUGCUGGGAGCGGUGCUGGCACAGGGGGGCACAGGGCAGCCCAGCCCUGAGGCGCUGGCUGUGCUGGUGGACCGUGCCCUGGAGAGGCAGGACCGCAGCGGGGACGGGCUGCUGGACCCCCCCGAGCUGCUGCUGCCUGGCUGGGAACGGGGACCCCCAGGGGAGCCGCUGGUGGGAGCGGAGGUUGGCCAGGAGGGGAUGAUGGGAGGACACAUGGAGGGGCCCGGGGGAAGAGUGGAGACACCCACGGUGGAUGAGAUGCCUGGAGUGGAUGCAGGGGCAAGCAGCCCAGAGCCUGGCCCAGCAGAGGGGCAGGGGCUGCCAGACGACGCUGCCCACCCAGAGGGGCAGGGAGACCCUGGGGCUGGAGCCCCCCAGGGUGAAGUGAAUGAAGCCCCCAAGGACGAAGUCCCCAGGGCAGAGGCAGCCCCCGCUUGGGAGGACCCUGGAGAGAUGUAGGUGGUAGGGGGCUCCGGGCAGGGCUGUGACCCCGGCGCUGUCGUGGUUCUCUGCCCCCUGCUGGCCCCAGCGAUGCUGCCCCGCAGGCUGUGGGGUGCGGUGCCCCAGCUGAGCAAUGGUUUGGAUGCCUCCUUGGGGCAGAGGGGCUUGGGGUCCCCCACACGCCUAGGGCAGGGCCAGCUGCAGCAGGGCCCGGGGGGCCAGGACACACGCAUUUUCCCCUGUAACGUGGCGGGACGAGGAAUACAGGAGCUGCCACUCA